AUGCUCAACGCCACUGUGGCCCGGGUGCUCAUCGACUCUAAGAAGAAGGCGGCGUACGGAGUAGAGGUAUACACGAACGGACGGGCAAUGACGAUCGGUGCACGGCAAGAAGUAAUCCCGUCAGGCGGCGCGGUCGCCUCGCCCCAGUUGCUGCUGCUGUCGGGCGUCGAGCCCAAAGAUGACCUGCGUGCCGUUGGUGUGCCGGUCGUGCACGAUCUGCCAGGAGUCGGCCGGAACCUCCACAAUCACGUGGCGUUCUUUGUCAACUUCCGCAUUAACGACACGUCAACGACGCCACUGAACUGGGCCACGGCCAUGGAGUACCUGCUGUUCCGGGACGGGCUCAUGUCCGGCACUGGCAUAUCCGAGGUGAACGUCCAAGUACGUCAACCCCGCCGACGACAACCCCGACCUGCAGUUCUUCUUUGGUGGUGUUACUGGCCGACUACGCCAAGACCAGCCAGGUGGGUGAAAAGUCGGGCAGUGGCGUGGGCGACGGCCGGCGAACCAUCAACAUGA